AUGGCAGAAUCAGCCCAGGAAAUGCAGAUAUCGAUGAAGCCCCUCUUGGACACUGGUGAAGGAGCCGACUUGACCUUGGUCUGCCGUGGCAAAACGUGGAAAGUCCACAGUAGCUAUCUUUGGCCUCGCUCAUCGUGGUUCAAAGCUGUUUGCAAAGGCGGUUUCAAAGAGAGCGAAACCCAGCGAAUAGAGUUACCCGAAGAGGAGCCCUCCAUGGUUUAUCGAAUGCUACAGCACCUCUACAUGCAGACCUACACCGUAGAUCUAGGCCUCGAUAGAUUUUGGUCUCGAAACGACUCUUGGGCAAAAACACGGCUGCACGUCCACGCGCAGAUGUACAGCUUGGGAGACAAAUACGAUCUGCCAGGUCUGAAGAAAGAAGCUGCGCGGCGAUUCAACGAGGAUAUCAGAAUCCCUGGGGAUAGUAAAUCCGAGAUCCUGACCCUGCUGUCGGUCGUCCCAAUCGUCUACACGACGACCCCGGACACAGACCGUGGCCUACGCAAUCACGUCGUGCGGCAAGUCUUCCAGAGGUAUGGCAUCGCGUCCAAGCAUUUCGUCGAAGAGCUUGACACCGCUCUCGAGGUCCGCCAGUUCGCUCGAGACAUCAUUGUCUUGCACAGCAAGAGAUCUGCCAAGGGAAAAUAUGCUGCGCUUGCAAGAGAAAUGUAUCGAAUCUGGCACCGUUACGUACGGCCGCUCCUAGCGGCAACGAUCGCCUCUUUUCCUUCCGCGGCCACCUUGCAAGCCCGUUUACUUAUGCUCGUUACGCUUAUCUGCAGUCUCACGGUGGUCAUCGUGCUGGGCUUCAUUCUCCUGGGUUAUGCUUUGACGCUGCUUGAGCAGAGAUACGGUCCACACUCUGUCUGGGCUCGCCACCUUGCAAGGGUGAACUCCAAUUGA